AAUGCUGCACCCAGUGACUGGAGUCUCUCCUAGGACACAUUAACCCCUGCGCGAUCGAGCCUGGACAGUACGUCUUCCCUGUGUCUGGCCAUCCACAUCAUCGGGAGCGCGGCGUUUCCAGCGAUCACUGGAUACUAUCCCCGGGAUUCUCCCCACUUCCUACAUUUCUCCCUCCAGGAAAGUGUCCCAUGGCUGCUGGUGGCACUGGCAGUGGUAUGACAGUGAAGCUGUGAGUGCCAAGGACCUGGGCAUACUAUGGCAUCUCAUGGGAAGCCGAGGAGAGACCGGGGCUCAGACUACGAAAGUCAGAUUAAAGAGAUCCGCAUUCAGCUUGUGGAGCAAGUCAAGUGCAUCGAUGGCCAGGUGGAUUUCCGUCAGCAGCUUCUGCAGGAUAUGAGUGAAUUCCUGCGCAGGAAAGCAGAGAUUAACCUGGAGUACUCCCGUAGCCUGGAAAAGCUGAGCGACCGAUUCUCCUCCAAGAUUCGCAACUCCAAGGAGCACCACAGUUUCAGGAAGGAACAGCACCUGUUAUCACCCGUAAAUUGUUGGUACAUGAUUUUAAAUCAGACGCGCCAAGAGAGUCGAGAUCACGCUUCAUUGAGUGAUGUGUAUACCUCGCACCUUAUCCCACGUCUCGCACAUAUUGGAGAAGACAUAACGCGCCUUGCUAAGAAGAGUAAGGAAGUUGGAGUGCAGCAACAAGAAGACUUGCUGAAGUUGGUGUCGGAAUUACAAGGGGCGAUGAAGACGUACCAGUUGUAUCACAACGACUGCUUGAAUUCUGAACAUAAGUUAAAGGAAGCAGAAAAGCAAGAAGAAAAGAGGACAGGAAGAGUCAGCGAGCAGACUGCAAGCUCCCCAGUCGCUGAUAGAGGACAGAGGCGCAGCUCCCUAAAGAAGACUGAGAGACUUGUAGAGAAGAGACUGAAGAAAUAUUUGGAGAAUAGCCAGAAGUGCAGCAAGGCAAGAAACGAAUAUCUCAUCAACCUGAACACUGUCAACGCCAACAUCAAUAAUUACUAUAUAAAUGACGUCAGUGACCUUAUUGAUUGUUGUGAUCUUGGCUUCCAUCUCUCCAUGGGCAAGACCCUGCGCAUCUACCUCCAGGCUGAGGAACGCGUCCAGGCCUCACGGCAGCAGGGCUUGCAGUCCAUUGAGGGGGCUGUUGAUAACCUUGAUGCCCAGGCAGAUAAAAACAAGAUGAUGGAAAUGCGCAGUGAUGUGUUUUGUCCCCCACCACGCUUUGAAUUCCAGCCACACGAAGGGGAUGAGGUGUCCGAAGUGCGAUCGGAACCUUUGCUACACCAAGAGUUAGUUACUCGCUUCCAGCACAUUCAGUCCAGAUUGUCAAGUGAAAACCUGGAAACUGAAGAGGUGAACAAGACACUUAAGGCUACCCUUCAAGCCCUGCUGGACAUUAUUGGAGCUGAUGAUUUUGAUGUGCUGGAUGCUUUUCAGUCUAGUCAGUCUACGGAAUCGCUUAAGUCAACAGGAUCGGACACCAGCAGUAAAACGAGCACAGCAAAGCGACGAGCCAACCAGCAAGACACAGAAAACUUCUAUGUCACUAAAUUCCAGAAAUAUCUCGCUGGGAGAAGCACCAUCUGCAAAUUGCAGGCAAAGCGCGACCAACUGAAGGAGGCCAUAGACAAAGCAGCAAUAUCGGAGAGUAAUGUAUCAGGGCUGCAGUCAAGCACCAGUAAGUCUCAGCGUGUGAAAAGGCAGCGGUCGUCAUCCCAGUAUAACUACAAACUGUUUAACGGGGAUUUGGAGGAGUUUAUUCAGAGUUCUGGAGAAUCUAUUCCCCGGGUUGUGUCCAGCUGUAUCCGAUUUAUCAAUCUCCAUGGUUUACAGCAUGAGGGUAUUUUCCGUGUUCCCGGAUCGCAAGCCCAGGUGAAUGAAAUCCGCAGUGCGUUUGAGAAAGGUGAGGAUCCGCUGGAUGACAGCUAUUCUGGGCACGAUGUGGAUUCUGUGGCUGGGGUUCUGAAGCUUUAUUUCAGAGGUCUAGAGAAGCCACUCUUCCCAAAUGAAAUGUUUAACGACCUGCUAUCCUGUAUCCAGCUGGAGACUGCGCAGGAGAGAGUGUUACUCCUCAAGAAACUGGUCGCUCAGCUCCCUCACUCCGUCACUUUAGUUCUCAGAUACCUCUUUGCCUUCUUAAAUCAUCUGUCCCACUACAGUGACGAGAACAUGAUGGACCCUUAUAAUCUGGCUGUGUGUUUUGGUCCAACCCUGGUUUCCAUCCCUGAAGGACAGGACCCUGUUUCUGUCCAGGCCCGUGUGAACGAGGUUGUGAAGACCAUCAUCAUUUACCAGGAGCGGAUUUUCCCCGGGCCCGCAGAACUGGAGGGUCCGGUAUACGAGAAGUGCAUGACUGUGGAGGAAGAUGAGGAGUACUGUGAGGCUCUAGCCCUGGAUCCCACAAUCGAGGAGUGCGACCAAGAGGUCCAUCAUGACGCAGCUGGAGGAGAGGAAGACUUGGAUUUCUUGGAAGGAAUUGCAAGGUUUGACUACACAGCUCGGACCCCCCAGGAACUGUCAUUUAAAAAGGGGGACACAUUGAUUCUCCACGGCAAACCAUCUGGUGACUGGUGGAGAGGAGAGGCAGCUGGGAAUCGAGGUCUCAUUCCCCACAAGUACAUCAAUGUCCCUGAAGGGGCAGAGAGGCGACUGGAGCAACGAGGGUUGAAGAAGGAUGGAGAGCCUGGCCCACCACAUACCCCAGAUGAGCCGACUGUAGAGCCGAGCAGGGUACGCGUAAACUCAGACAGCGCCUGCUCUCCCCGAAAACGCAGCGAGGGAAGCCCAAUCAGGAAAUUGAACUACCAAAUCAUAGAACCGGCUCGUCUUCCAUUCGCCAUCAGUCACCCUGGACCCAUACGGUUCCUGGGGCACAUGGAAAGGAUUUCCAGCGCAGCAGGGGAAAAGAGGAACACAGACGGCACGCAAAAGGGGACAAAAUCCUGGCAAAGCGACCGUCCGGGUAUAGAAGUGGAUAGGGAUGUAACAAAAAACAUGGACAGUGUCUUCAAGGAGCUGUUGGGAAAAACGAUUCAAAGGCAGGUGGGACUGGAGGAACAUGCAGAUCCCACAAAAGCAGGGAAGCCACGGGAAACUAAACCCCCGGCACCCAGCUCCUGUGAGCCAGUUCGUGGGAGCCCAGCUGGGAAAAAAGGGGCUCAGGGAAGAAGUGGUUUUGGGGCCAGGAAAUGAAUUUAAACUUCUUGUCUUGAGCCUGGGAUACAAAUGAGCCCCCAACAGAUUAAUUCUCCGUGGGACCCCACUUUUCUCUCCUUCGGCCUAGAGCACAAUGGUUUUGUGGUCAAGAGUUUUAACCGCGCUGACGAUAUUAGGACGCGUACUGAACAUUCGCGCUGUAAAGGAUUCGGUGUUCCCCGAGCUCCCCUAACACGUCCUUUGUUAUUAUGUGUCCGUGUUUGUUAUUGUCAUAAAUAUAAGCACAGCUGUAUGACGCCAGCUGGGGCUCCUUAUCCUUCCUCUUUAUGUCAAAGGAACCAGCAGAGGCCUUUGGCCUAGCCAAUCUGAGAGUGAAGGGUACAGGUGUCCUUAUUAAAAAAAAAUACUUGUUGAUUGCUGUACACGUAAGUGUUGAACAUCAUUUAAAUAGCCAAUUCAUUAAGCAU